GUUUGCUUUACGCCACAGGUCAAAGGUUGGAACGAUGGAUGCGUCUCAAAUGUAAACAGUCCUGUCUGUUUGGAGGGCAGCUGUGAGACAUGAGGCUUUUAUCGAAGGCAGUGCAGUCUGCUGUGGGUCAGAGGGAAUGGAGCCGCAGACACUUCUGGGGCUGGCUCAAUGCGGUCUUUAACAAGGUGGACUACGAAAGGAUCAAAGCUGUUGGUCCAGACCGAGCUGCAGCAGAGUGGCUGCUGAGAUGCGGUGCCAAAGUGAGGUUUCAAGGUUUCGAUCGCUGGCAACACGACUACAAUGGACUGCCAACUGGGCCUCUGGGCAGAUACAAGAUCCAGGCGAUAGACGCUACUGAAUCCUGCAUCAUGUACAGAGGCUUUGACCACCUGGAUGGCUUGGAACAUGUGGAGGAAAUCAAGUUUAACAAGUGUAUCUACAUCGAGGACACCUGCCUGGAGAGGCUGAGCUCAGUAGAGAAUCUGCAGGAGAGUUUGAACACGAUGGAGGUGGUGUCGUGUGGGAACGUAACCGACAAAGGCAUCAUCGCCCUGCACAGACUGAGGAAUCUGGAGAGUCUGUUUCUCAGUGAUCUUCCCGGAAUCAAAGACAAACAAACGACAGUUGACAGACUACAGACGGCACUUCCACGUCUGGACAUAUCACUGGACCUGGACUGAUUGAGAAACAACUUCCUGUUAGAGUUGUAAAACACUGAUGCCUUUUUUUUUUAAAAAGGUUUUCAAAGUAAAAGACCCAAGGAUUGAAGGGCUUGUAUCAUCCAACACAUAGAUCCUUCAGCUAAAACAUUAAGUGUAUUUCCAUGUGAAUCAUUUAGCCGUGUGGAGAACAGCAUCAUGGGAAAAUAAUCGGGUGACGUGUCACCUUUCAGCCUGAAGUUUAACCAAGCUUUAAAGAAAACAGUCCAGCAGAGAGAAACGUUAAAGCACUUUAUAUUGUUGAACUAUUCUUUAUUAUAUUCUCAACAUUCAAGGUAAUAAAGGUUACUCCAUAUGUGGGUACAAAGAGAGAAACAAUUUGGGAGUCAUUCAAGAGUCUUAAAAUCAUUUCUCUUUAGAUUAAUUUGGCAUUUGUACAAUAUGAGGACAGCCAGAUGGCUCUGAACAUCCUUAGCACCAAAGUUCAACAGAUAAUGAGUACAAUGUGUGUAUUGUUACUGCUUUUAUGCUAGUAAAUGUGUGGGUAAAGGAAUAUUCACUCCUGACGUCAAUAAAUAGUUUCAGAAAUGC